UUCAGGCUCGGUAGCGGACAUUUGUGUGGAGGACCGCGGGUGAACGGGACGUGUCCAGUCGUGGAGGUUUGAGGUCCCCCAGCAGCAGCCUCCCCAGCCCGGUUCACGGCUGUCGCGGCCGCCCCCGUGCCUCUGUAGCCCCGCUGGAGAGAAGAGAAACGAUGUGAUUUCUCUUCUUUAUUCUCACCUCUCAGCCCGACAUUUCUUCCAUUCUUGUUUUUACGCAUCACAUUUUUGUUCCACUUUCACGUUUUGCUGCUGGUGGAAGUCCGCGCUCUGCUGCGUUUGCUGCUUUUUGCCAUUUUUGUUAUUUUUCAUCGUGAAGUCAGCUUCCACCUUCCGUUGCGAGACUAACUUUGGACCACCGCCGGAGACAGCCUGUCGCCAGCCAGGGGACGGAGGAGAUUUGACACCGAGCAGCGAGCCUAUAUUUGUCCGCUCGACUCUGCGGGAGGAGGAAGGAGGAAAAGCGAGCUCCCCUGUCGCCACCUCCGCCUCCAGUCUCCGUUUCCAUCGCGCGGAAGGAGCAGAAGAAGAAGGAGGAGGAUUUAGCCUGGAGAACGGGAAGGGAUAUAAACCCGGAGCAGCUCUGACGAUCUCAAAGGUGCUCAGCACAAUGGGACGCCUCAACCUCUGAGGGCCAAGCACAAGAGACAGAGGGGAAGAGGAAGAGCGGAGCCCAGGGAGGGGGGAAAAGAGGACAAAAGAGGAGGAGGAGGUGGAACAGAAGAAGGAGGGAAGAAUCUUGCUCGGCGCCAGACGAGGAGGAGAGCUUUCUGCUGAAGAGUGGGCGGAGAAGGAGAGGGAGGGAGGGAGAUUCGAAAGGAGGGAUUUGCCGUAUCUGCUGGGGGUGCAUGCUCCCCUCUAAGCCCCCCCCCCCCCUCCCACUCGGACAUCCUCCGUUUUAUUUUUUUCUGCACCAGUGACGGGACGACAAAAGGCAAAGAAUGCGCAGUAAACUGAGUCUGGGAGGCCUCGGGGCGAGCGGGGGCCUCGAUGUGAGACUACCCAGGACUAGAGCCUUGCUGCUGGGCUUGCUUCUCGCCGUGGCGGCCUGGCUCCCUCCGCCGGUCUGCGCAGAGGUGGAGAUCGACGUGUUGGACGAGAUGGUGUUGAUGGAGGCGGGUGGGGAAGCUGAGCGGGUGGGCAGAGGAAGCGAGCUGGAGGCCUCCAUGCACUCCUCAUUCCUCCAGGACUUCCAGGAAGUGACGGGAGGUAUCCGGGCGAUGGAUGCGGUUGCCAUAGAGACCGGCGAGGCCGCGGUGACUCGGCAGAACGUGGCCUCACCCGCCGCCUUCCCGGACUCCUCGGCGGUGGUGGGUCGGAUCUUCCAGAUGAAGGUGCCAAACAAGAUGGAGGAUGUUUACCUGGGAGACAUCGUCAAGAUCACAGAGAUGGGGAAGGAUUCGCUCCCUGCCUGGCUCCACUGGGAUGCCAGCAGCAGAAUCCUGCAGGGUCUGCCUUUGGAGGAGGACAAAGGUGUCCAUUACAUCUCCGUAUCCAUCUCCAACCACACAAAAUCCUCCUCUUCCUCAGAGGUGUUUUCCAUUGAGGUGCACCCUGAAGAUCAUUUGGACGCAGAUUCGGCCCAGCUGGCUUCCAACCAAGCCUCCACUGAAGACGACGUCCAGCCCUUCAUGUGUGGCAACGAGGAGCCGGUCACGGUGCUGACGGUGAUCCUGGAUGCAGAUCUGACCAAGAUGAGCUCAGAACAGAGGGUGGAGCUCCUGGACAACAUGAGGAGCUUCUCUGGGGUGGGGCUGCAGCACAUGAAGAUACUCCCUGUGGUCAACAACAGGCUGUUCGACAUGUCUGCCUUCAUGGCCGGACCGGGCAAUGCAAAAAAGGUGGUGGAGAAUGGAGCUCUGUUGUCCUGGAAGCUCGGCUGCUCGCUGGAGCAGAGCACAGUCCCGAAUAUCAACAGUGUCCAGGGUCCUGCGAAGGAAGGCACAAUGUCAGCCAAGCUGGGCUACCCUGUGGUGGGGUGGCACAUUGCCAACAAGAAACCACAUGUCCCCAAGCGGGUCAGGCGCCAAUUAAACAACACUCCAACGCCUGUUCUGGCAGUGCUUCCUCCAACAACGGUCGUGGAGCCUCCAGUGAGGAUUAUCCCAACCCUCUCCUCCCCCUCUAUUGCUGCACCAACCGAAAGCUCUGCUCCGCCGGUAAGAGGCCCCGUUCCUCUACCAGGCAAGCCUACGAUCAGAGUGCGUGACCCUAUUGCCCACACGCCAACCCUGGGACCCCCUCAACCAACAAGGGUAUUGGAGACCACCAGCAAUAUUCUUAUUCAGCCAACCAUGACCAGGCCUACUUAUGUGGAGGCCACUGCCACACCACCCACACCUACUAGAAGACCUACCAAGAAACCUAAGAGACCCAAAACCACACCGGUGCCCAGAGAGCCAAAGACCUCCACAGCUAAGACGUCGAGGCGCACCACACCAUCACCUGGUGUCAUCCCGGAUCCAUACAAUGAGAAACCUGUCCUGCGUAACCCCAUUGACCAGGUCAGCGCAUUGGUGGGCACCUACUUCGAGGUUAAGAUCCCAUCUGAUACGUUCUUUGAUAAAGAGGAUGGUACAACAGACAAGCUGCGUCUCACUCUGAGGCAGAACCACAAUGACGUAGUUAGAGAGGGCUCCUGGAUCCAGUUCAACACCACCAGCCAACUUCUCUAUGGCCUCCCUGAUGUCCAGCAUGUGGGGAAACAUGAGUACUUCAUGCAGGCGACUGACAAAGGUGGCCUGAAUGCUAUUGAUGCUUUUGAGGUCCGUGUGAACCGCUGGCCCAUCAACGAUAAGACCCCUGUGAUCUUCACAGCCCGAUUCGAUGGGGAGCCACGUUCAAUAACAAACGACAUUCACAAGAAGAUUCUCCUGGUCAAGAAGCUGGCAUAUGCACUGGGGGAUCGCAACAGCAGCACGGUCAGUCUAAGAAAUAUCACCAAAGGGUCCAUUGUGGUGGAGUGGACGAACACCAGCCUCCCGCAGCACUCGUGUCCGAAGGAACAGCUCACAGCCAUGAGCAGCAUACUCGCCAAUGACAGAGGAGAACCCACAGCUACCUUUAAGUACGCUAUGGGGCCUGAAUUCAUGCCACUGGACGUCAGGGUCAAGGGAAGGGCAAGCUGUAGAACACACUCCUUCAUCCCACAAGGAGAAAUAGAUAUACCAGAACCUCCAGCAGUCACUCCAGCUCUGGGAACGGGCCGGCAGAGCACCGAUGACGUCUAUCUCCACACGGUCAUUCCCGCCGUGGUGGUGGCAGCAAUCUUGCUGAUAGCCGGUAUCAUCGCAAUGAUCUGCUAUCGGAAGAAACGAAAGGGCAAGCUGACCAUCGAAGACCAGGCCACCUUCAUCAAAAAAGGUGUGCCGAUUAUCUUUGCAGAUGAACUCGAUGACUCUAAGCCGCCUCCAUCUUCCAGUAUGCCCUUGAUUCUACAGGAAGAGAAGCCCCCGCUUCCACCCCCCGAGUACCCCAACAUGGCCACACCAGAGACCACUCCCCUCAACCAGGAGCUGCUGGGGGAGUACACAGCUCUGCGGGACGAGGACCCCAACGCACCUCCCUACCAGCCGCCGCCGCCCUUCACCACUCCCAUGGAGGGCAAAGGCUCCCGUCCCAAGAACAUGACUCCGUACAGAUCUCCACCUCCAUAUGUGCCCCCCUAAGACUUGUUUAACCCUCCCCUCAUGGGGUGGAGGGAGGGGAAGCCUGAGGAACUGUGACGGUUUCCAUUCUGGUGUUUGUCUGUCUGGACAUUUACAGGGAGAGAUGAAAAGAGGUGCUAAAGUACAAAACAGCUACGGGGGACUUUGGUUUGGGAGGCGGGUGGGGUUUUACAGUUGACGGAUGGGAUGAUUGGUUGAAACAGCUGGGAGGGACUACUGUUUUAGUGGUAGCCCAGCUACUACAGUGGCCUAAGACAAACACAUUUUCGUCACAUUGGCUUUGGGAUCGGCCAGUUGGUCGGAGGCGGCGAUUGGGAGACGUGUUCUCCUUUCCCAGCAUUUCAUUUUUUUUUUCCUCUGUUGAUUUAAAAUACUGGCUUUUAUUUUGUUUUCUCUCAUUAUCCCAACGUUAUUAUUCGUUUUUUUUUUUUUUUUCUGGACUGAACCGUUUGCCUAACAACUCUUCUUUCGUCUUGCUUUGAAAUAAUACGAGGAGACAGUGAACCGCCAUCAGACCGCUGCAGGCAUCAGCUCGUGUUUUUAAUAAGGAGUGAGAUUCUGGAGCUAUCGCCUGGAUCUCAGAUCGCCCCUGCAGACGACACAAGACGACGGGAGGCCGAGGCGUGUGUGUGCGUGUGAAUGAGUGGGCGUGUUUCUUCAGAUUCAAUACGGUUUGCCUUUUAACACUAGCUGUCUGUUUCUAUCCUUAUUCACAAUGUCUAGUAAAGAUGAGAAUAACAAGGUAGCCUAAAAAAGAUUUAGAGAUGAAUAAUAAAUAAUUUGUUUGUUUCAUUGGUUUUAAAAUUCACUGUAUAUCUGGAAGAUGUUCUGAUAGAUUGUGUUAUAUUUUUCGGGUGGUGGAAGAAAGCGUGAAGAAAGGGACUGCCUCGCUAAAAUAACCUGCGGGAGCUCUUUAUUCCUGGUUUGAUUGAACGGAAUCGAUCAAUCACAGCUUCCUCUCAGUUGUCCUCGUCCCCUCAGCAGGUCUAACAGGCUCAGCAAGGCGUAAGCGACAAGAGAUCUGGGUGAGGUGAGGUUAAUGUGAGGAAAACAAACUGCUGUCUUCAUUAUGAAAGAGAUUAUCCAGCUCACUUCUAAGUGCAGAGUUUCGUGUGGAUUUGGAUGCAAAAUGUACAGUUUUAUGCAGAUUUCAGCUGAUGCAACUUGACCUCGGUUUGGCGACGGUGUUCCCUGAGGUUAAAACAACAGGAAAAAGACCCCGUCAGUUUAUUUUGGAGCAGGGAGAAUUAUUUUUUUAUGUAAUGAGGCAGUUCUGCUCUCCGGUUAGAGGAGAAACUUUGUGUGCCAUGGAGACUCUCCCAGACGGGAUUGUACAGAUAUUCACAUUUUAGAGGUCACAGAGGAGGCGGAUGUGGCUGAAACUGAGGCAGAGAUUCAGAGGGGAGAACGAACCUUGAAUUUCCAGUAAUUAGCUCACUGAAAAAUUGUCAAUGAAAAUCUCCUUCUAAUUUUUUUACAAAGUUUUUGAUACAGCCUCAAAUUGUUUGAUUAUUAAAAGAAAACAUGAUUAAUGAUUAGUCUUCUGUGAUUUGUAAAAUCUUUAGCCUAGAAGUUCAAUUAUGAUUCAAUUAUGUACACUUUCUUUUUUUUUGUCAUGGGUCACAUAUUUCAAGUGUUUUAUUUUAUCGUGUGUGUUUGCAUAUCAAAAUGUAUCUCCCACUAUACAAAGAUGGAAUGACCGAUAUUUUAUGUAAUCACAAAUUUUAUUUUUAUGUCCUUCUGUUUUGCUCAUGAGUUUCAACUGAAAGUGACCCUUUGCAAUAAUAAUGUAAGGCGCAGCCCGCUCAGUGGCUGGUCGACGCAGGCUAAAGCGAGUGACUCGUAUUGUCAUAAUGUUGGUUUUUGCAGGAUGCCAAGGCUUUUUUGCUUUUCAAGUGUGCAUUGUCAUAAUAAAACCAACUGGUACGAUAAAAAAACCAACCUUCUUCAUUCAUGAAUCUCAUUGAACUUGUCCUGCUGCUUCUGUUGGGGAGUUUCCCACCUAUGGAAAACGUCUUAGCUGUCAGAUUCCCGCUCAAACCCUGACUGAUGUUUAUGGAUGAGCUUUUUGAUCAUUGUCACUUUUCUACUGCUUCCACUUCACCUUGAGUUGAUGAAUCAGUGUCUGAAGUCCAGCAGAGGUUUUGCCUCCCCAGACGGCUCGCUGCCUGGUAACCACGUGUGGUCUUUGGGCCCACUGCAGGGAUGGCGCUGCUGUCCUUUUUCUGCUAAAUUAUCCUGCUAUUGAAGGACUCGUUGGACAAUUCAGUUUGAAAGCUGUGCCCAUUAAAAAGGCGACGCUGUGAAAACACUCUCUCAGCUCCAGCUCCAUUUCCACACAUUGCAUACAGAUAAUUUGCAUUGAUUACUCAGAAUAUUGAUUGGAUGUAAACACUUUGCCAGCUCUGUUGCACCUCUGUGAUAAUUCAUGACAGAGUUUAAUUUGGAAGGAGAGGAAGCAGUGAUGAAUGUAUUCCCCAGACACCCCCGGUUGCUAAAAUGAAUAAAUGGAUCAUAGCGAUGACAAAGAUUAAUGGACGAUUGAUUUUGGUUUGAUUGAGACAACUUGUGAGUUAGCUCAAUGUAUUAUGACAAGGUCCCAUCUCUCAGAGUGAC